AUGUAUCAUCCAGAAACAGAUGAUCAGUGGAGCAGAUCUGCAGACAGACGAGGUCAGGCGAAGAGGAGUCUGAGGAGUCAAAGCUCAAGUGCAACAAAUAAAGGCUACUCUUUGGUGGACAGCCUGCAGCUCCUGGGUCUGGAUGAUAAUUUAGAGAAUGGAGCUCCAGAUCCAAUCGCAACCAGAGGAGCUUACCUUUCCCUGAUACACCUGCGUCAUCUUAAACUCAGACAGCUCCAGCGUGUCUCUCUGGGGCUGCUGAACUACCUUCGUUCUGUGGAGAGGACUUUGACUUUUGAGCUGGCAGGUUUGCAGAGUGAGGAGGGUGAGCUGUGCAGCACAGCAGAGGAAACCGGCUGGAUGAAUGCAGCUAAAGGAGGAGGAGGGGAGGCAGGAGGUCUGGGGUCGCUUCAGUUCAGCUACAACACUCCUGUUGACUACAAGGUCCACUGCUCGGAGUUCAUGGAGUUUGCUGAGGUGGAGAACCUUCAUGAUUUCUACAGCACAGAGGAGCAGUUCAUCCACACUCAGGACCAGACAGGGUUUUACAUCGUCUAUGAUGUGGCGCUGAAGGACCUGCAGGAGCUGGAGAACGAGCUCCUCCUCAUCGGCUCACACUUCACACUCAGAAACCGGAUGAACAAAAAGGGAAAUGCAGAGAUAGCUGAUAACUUCAGGGCCAACAGAGACGUUGACUGUGUAGCUGUGCUUCUGGACUUGUGGACAUGUGAGACUGAGUUUUUGGAGAGCAAAGUGGAGCUCCUGAACUGUUACUACGAGGCGUACCAGCACACAGCAGGGACUGAGGAGAGGUUUGCAUUGGCUCGUGUUAUCACUGACAUCAUGCACAGUCGACCACACCUGGACCUGAACCAGGACUACUUUGUACCGGUCUACAGAGCUGAGAUAAACUGCAUGCAGAGCCACAGGCAGCUGAUCAGAAACAUUUUGGACAAUCAGAUUGAUAAACAGCGCCAAUACCUCGAAUGCAUCUGGAGAGAUGACCACAAAGGCUCCAUUUAUGACUUCGGCCUUCUACCAAACUACACUCCCAAACAUCUGGUCUCACUCGGAGGCAGCAGGCAAGUAGAUACGGUGUCCUAAAGUUCCUUGUUUAUACCUUAAGCCUUGAUUGUUACCUCAUCUUGUUGUGUUUGCAGUCCU